AUAUAAUGUUUAUUUCUUUUCCUCCAAAAAGUUAGAAUCUGUUAUUUGAAUGAAUUCGAAUCAAUUUAAUAGUAAAAAAGUCGGCCAAUCAUAAUCAACUCACGUGCUCUGUUUUGUAAAGAGUGGGAAGAGAAGUAAUAGGUCUCUUUCGAACUAACCUAUAAUAUUUGGAAUGAAAUAGUUAAAGUAUAAUAAAUACGUUGUACACAUGUUACCAAUUUGUCAACUUUUUUAAAGUUAAUUUUAUACUAAUUAGUAUACUAUAUGUAAUAUAAGAAAAAUAUUUCAUAUUAUUAACAAAAUGAUGGCAAAAUAUAUAUUACGUCCAACUUGUAUCUUUGGAAAAUAUGUCCAGAAUAAUUCACCUGUAAUGUUAAGUCUUAUUUUGUACCCUCAACAUUCUUCAAACCAAAUCAGAUAUAUAAGGAAACACUGGAAUCCUAAAUUUAAGAAAGAAAGGAAAGAAAAAGUUAUUAAAGUAGAUCUACCUAAUUUUUAUGAGACUGAUAAAGAACUGCUUAAGGAGAAAAGACGUUCAAUGUUGAAACAAUAUGGAGUGUUUCCACAAAAACAAUGGAUGGAAAGGCCUAUAUUUAUCAGUUGUACUCCUAAUGUAUUUGAAUCUUAUGUACCACCGGAAGGCGAUGGAAAAUUCUCUACGAUUACUAAAGAGGGAGCAAAGCAAAAAAUGACUGAUGUAAAGAUGAAAGGAAAAUCGAUGAUGGCAAUUAGAAAAAUAAAGUCAUUUCAAGAUACGUUUGUAUUAAAAGAUUUCCCUCAAGAAGCCUUAGAUAUUUAUAUAAAGGCCCAUGAAGCCUUAGCUGCGAAAGAUACGGAAGCUUUAAGAGAAUACGUUACAGAGAAUGCCUAUGCCAAAAUGUUACACAACACUAUGGACAAAACUAUUCGUUGGAAAUAUGUGCAAUCGUUAGAACCACAUCGUGUUGUACAUGCAAGAUGUAAUGAGAUACUUUCUAAGGAAAACGUCUUUGGACAAUUAACUCUUCGCAUUCAUAGUCAACAGAUUUUAGCUGUCUAUGAUAGGUUUGGACGUUUAUUGAAAGGAAGCGAAAUUUUAAAAAAAGAUGUCCUCGAAUAUAUCGUAUUUGAAAAUCAUUUAGCAAACCAAUAUGGAAAAUGGCGUCUUCACGCAAAGAUUAUACCAACUUGGAUGCCACCAAGAGAAGUAGGAGAGAAAACAUAUAUUGUACAACCAGAAAACGUUACAGUUCCACCUUCUGAUCUAUCGACAAAAUCUACUGAUACAAAAUCUACAGAUAAUGUAGAAACUAUUGUAAAUUGAUAUUUAUUGAAAACUAAUCAUUUUCAUAAGAAAUAGUAGAAUAUAAUUUUAUUAUGACAAGACUUGAAACAAUUGUUGACAUUCAAAUUGACAUUAAGUUCUUUGCAUUUAUAUCGACAAAUGUAGCAUAUUUGUGUCCAUAAUAUUUAAUUGCAUGCUAUGAUAUUCUAUAUAAAAACAAAAAAGUUCAUGUCAAUUAAAACAAUUUAUUUAUAAAGAAAAAAUAAUAUAAGUGAAUUCUUUAUAGAUACUAGUAAAAUCUAUUUGUAACUACAACGUUUAAUCUUUAAAGUUGUGUUAUAUUCGUAUACACUAUAUAUAGUUUUAUUUUUAAAUCAUAGCAC